AUGGGGUUCUUCAACAACCUCAGCGGCAACUGGCUGAUUGCCUGCAUCACUUUGGUCAAUGCCGCCUCCAUGUCAUGGUUCGGCUACGACCAGGGCGUUUUCUCAGGCGUGUUGAUCUCGGCCGACUUCAAGCACUACUUCCCCGAAACGAACCAAGCCAGCAUCUCUGGCAUCACAUCUAGCUGCUUCUCGCUCGGCGCUUUCUGCGGUGCCAUCUUCGCCUUCACCCUCGGCGACAAGCUCGGCCGCAAAAAGACCAUCGCGCUUGGCCUCGUUUGCAAUGCUGUUGGCGCCAUCCUUCAGAUCGUUUCGUGGCAUCUGCCACAGAUGAUCAUCGGCCGUGUCAUCAACGGUUUUGGCAUGGGUCUCACCUCAUCAACCUGCCCCGUCUACCAAGCCGAGUGCUCCCGCCCCAGCGUGCGCGGCAAGCUAGUAGUCGUGCAGAGCGUGUGCAACACGGCGGCCUUCUGCCUCGCCAACUGGAUGAACUACGGCCUCUUCUUCUCGGGCGGCGCUCUGCAGUGGCGCUUCCCGCUGGGCUUCCAGCUCAUCUUCCCGGUGAUUGUCACGGCCGCGCUGCUGUUCGUGCCCGAGUCACCCCGCUGGCUGCUGCUGCAGGACCGCCACGACGAGGCCCUCGCCGUCAUCGCCCGCCUCGAGUCCAAGACCGCCACCAUCCACGACAAGGAGGUCACGGCCGAGUUCCUGUCCAUCCGCACCGCCCUCGAGCAGGAGCGCAAGGACCGGCCUGCGUGGAGUGAUGUCGUGCGCUUCAGGGACCGUCAGCAGAAUUUGAGGCGGCUGUUGCUGUCGUGCGGCACGCAGUUUAUGCAGCAGUUCUCGGGUGUCAAUGCGCUGGGUUACUACCUGCCUACGCUGCUGCAGCAGAGUGUUGGGUUUGAUGAGCAGAUGUCGCGUCUUAUGACUGGCGUUAACGGGACCAUCUAUCUGGGUGCGGCAUUAUGCUGCAUUCUGAUUAUCGAUCGGUUUGGGCGGCGCAAGAUGAUGCUGUACGGUUCUACCACGAUGGGUGCUUGCUAUCUUGUGGCCGCCAUGUGCCUCCGAGCGGCGCAAGCUGGAGAGGCCGACAAGAAACAAAUGGGCAACGUUACGACGGCCAUGUUCUUCCUGUACUACUUCUUCUACGGCACCAGUUUCGCCAAGGUGCCGUGGGUGUACAACUCCGAGGUCAACUCGCUCGGAUGGCGCACGCGCGGGGCGGCGGCGGCCACGGCGACCAACUGGAUGGGCGGGUUCAUCGUGACACAGUUCACCAAGGUGGGCGUCGACAACCUCAAGUGGGGGUUCUACCUCCUCUUUGCCGUCAUCUGCUGGGCCUACUUCCCCGUCGUUUUCUUCCUGUACCCGGAGACCUCCCGCCGCACCCUCGAGGACAUGGACGAGAUCUUCAUGUCGAACCCGGGCGCUCUUGUCUUUAACAAGCCCGAGCUGACGCAGCGUCAUCGGCCGCAGGCCUUUGUCGAUGCUGAGGCUAGGCGCAUUGGUGAGGGUGCAGCGGCCGAGAUGGGUGGUGCUGGUGUGCUGGAUGAAAAGGCUGUUGAGGAUGUCAAAACGUCGCACAUGGAGCGGGACCGUGAAAGUGGUGGGGUGUGA